GGUUAGCCAUGAUGAAUGCCCUGCUACUAUUGGCUAGUCAAGUGUCAAUCAUAAAACGAUGCCAAUCAUGGUAGAUUGAACAUCGCUUACAUUGUAUCAUUUGACUGAACAAGCUACCUAAAUAAUUACCUAGUACAUCAAGAGGAAAGGAUUUUUGCUACUGAUGCAGAUACAAUUUGAAUGCCAGAUCGCCUGUUUUUAUUUUCACUCCCCUCGGCACACAUUUAACUAGACCUCUAGAAAUAGCGUCUUAACCCUACAGAUGUGGAAACAGUACUCCGGGUGGGAAAUGCCAUCUGUCCCGUCAUCGGUGAUGAGGAGUAGGAGACAAGGGUCCUCGAAAGGGCAUCACAUCUAUCUGUGAGUAAGAGCACGUCGGCUAGCUGCGCGGACGCUCACGCAGAGAGAGAGAGAGGAGAGGCUGUUGCUCUAGAAGACGCACGGAUGACCACGUCUCCCCCGCAGUGGACCAUGAUCUGAGCCACUAGGACUCGGCCCCAUCUGACCCCCCUCUUGUCUCCUUUUCCUCUGCGGAGGAAGAACGACACGGGCCCUGACGGCCUCGGAUAGGUAGAGCGAGAGAACGACAGCGCAGGAACAAGGAGAGAGAGAGAGAGAGUCCAGGCGCCAAAGCAUUCCCGCACACAGCUCCUCCCCCCCACCCCCUUCACGGGACAGAGACGACCUUUGACCCCCAACACGCGCCCCCCUGAGUCCCCCAGCAGCAGAGCGCAGCCAUGGGGAGGAAAAAGAUUCAGAUUCAGAGGAUCACCGACGAGCGGAACCGACAGGUGACAUUCACCAAGCGGAAAUUUGGCCUGAUGAAGAAGGCGUAUGAGCUGAGCGUGCUGUGCGACUGCGAGAUCGCCCUCAUCAUCUUCAACCACUCCAACAAGCUGUUCCAGUACGCCAGCACGGACAUGGACAAGGUGCUGCUCAAGUACACUGAGUACAACGAGCCGCACGAGAGCAGGACCAACGCAGACAUCAUUGAGGCUCUGAACAAGAAAGAGCAGCGCGACUCUGAGAGCCCAGAGCCAGAGGAGCCGUUCUCGCUCACCCCGCGCACUGAGGAGAAAUACAAAAAAAUUGACGAGGAGUUUGAUAAAAUGAUGCAGAGCUAUAGGCUGUCAUCCACAGUCCCGGCGCCCACCUUCUCCAUGCCCGUCACCGUGCCUGUGUCCAACCAGAGCCAGCUGCAGUUCAGCAACCCCGGCAGUGCCCUCGUCACCACCUCCUUCGUCACAUCCACCCUCACAGACCCGCGCCUCCUGUCGCCGCAACAACCUGCCCUCCAGAGGAACACCGUGUCGCCUGGGUUACCGCAGCGGCCGGCCAGCGCAGGUGCGCUUCUCGGUGGUGACCUCAACAACUCCAACGGAGCGUGUCCAAGUCCAGUGGCAAACGGGUACGUCAGUGCCAGAGCCUCCCCAGGACUCCUCUCCGUGUCCAAUGGCAACAGCAUGGGGAAAGUAGUUCCGGCCAAGUCUCCGCCUCCGCCCAGCCCUCAGAUGGUGAACAGCCGCAAGCCGGACCUCCGGGUCAUCACUUCACAGAGUGGAAAGAGCCUGCUGCAGCUGACAGACGAAGAGCUCGAGUUGGUGAGUGAGAAUGCCCAGCGGUUAGGCGCCUCUCAAGUGACUCAGCCACUCACCACACCAGUGGUUUCCGUGGCAACGCCAAGCCUCCUGACUCCUUUCUCAGCCAUGCCAACAGCCUACAACACAGAGUAUCAGCUGACAAGCGCCGAUCUCACCGCACUCCAGGCUUUCACGUCGCCAGGCGGGCUGUUGCCAGGCAACAUGACCACUUGGCAGCAGCAGCCAUCGGUAUCCCAGCAACAGCAGCAGCAGCAGCAGCAGCAGCAGCAACAACAAUCCCAACAACAGCAGCAACAACAGCCCCAGCAGCUAAGCUUGGCCUCUCUCAGUAACCUGGUCAUGUGGGGCGCAGACAAACAGAAUGGGGAGAUGGCUAACUGCAUCUCCAGCUUUGCAGCUAACCUCAGUGUGACUUCACAGGCAAGCUUACUGCUGGGCAGAGAUGAUGGGUUCAGCUGGAAUGUGGGCGCCAUACCUCAGGGCGCCACGCUGACCGUCAACACUAACCCCAACGUGAGCAUCAAGUCGGAGCCCGUGUCUCCCAACCGGGACCGCAGCACGCCCUCGUCCUUGUCCUCCGCAGGCGGUCAGGGGCUGGCGGCAGCCGGGGCGGGUGGAGGCGCAGUGGGCGGCCUGGGUCAGUACCCCGGGGCGCUGCGCCUGGAGCCCACCGGCCGCUCGCCCGUCGACAGCCUGAGCAGCAACGGCAGCUCAUACGAGGGCAGCGACCGCGACGACGGGGGUCAGCCGAGGCCCCCGGACUUCGCCACCACCAUGGGGCUCCUGAGGCCCUCGGGCGAGGCGGCGGGAGCGGCGGGCUCUGCUGAUCAGUCGGAGCAGGGGGCCAACGUCAAGCGCAUGAGACUGGACACCUGGGUCACAUAAAUCUUCUUUCGCCCUGUCCUGCUCAGCUCACACGCUCUCUCACUCACACACACACACACACACACACACACACACACACACUCUUAUUCACCCUCCUUCCCAGGCACGCACACGUGCGCAGACACACACUCACACUCUCACACAUAGCAACAUCAUUAGAACACACCCAUGCAGUCAGUUGAUCACUCACACCACCGCAAAAGGCAUUGCCCUUUGUCAACCCCCUAGUCCCCCUCCCCCCCCCACACACACACACACAAACUCAUACACACAGCUGAACUCCUUUUGGGACGUACCAAGCACUCACUCUGACAUCGCCCUCCCAACUCAAGUUUACCCUUCGUGGUCACACUGAAACACCCAUGCAUGCCCGUGCAUGCGACAGACACACACACUCGCACUAUCUCUGUCUCUAGCUCACACAAAUACACAUAUGCAUUGAUGUAUGCACAUAAUGUAUACAGUUCAUAUACAUACAGAGCCCGUCGCGGACAGUCGCCAAACCAGGGAGAUAUAUAUAUUAUAAAAAGAAUUAUAUAUAUACAUGUCAGUAUAGGCUGUUGAUUGACAUACAAGCGAUUCGGGGAGAAUUAGUGAUUUUCGUUUUGUUCUGUAACUUGGCUUCUAUUUGUUGUGUUUGGAAUGGGUCUGGGGCAAGUGUAGGGAGGUGCAUGGGAAAGCGAGGGGACUGCACUGGCUUCUGUACAGCUUGUACGUCACAGGUCCUGAUGACUUCUUUGCAGUGAAUUGGUAUCUUGGUCUUGAAUCUGACUGUUCUGUUCUGUUCUGUUGUGAGAAACAAAGCAAAACAAAACAAAUAAAAAACAAAAAAAGACAAAAACAGCAAAUGGAAGCAAGGACACAACAAAAACUGAUUCUUUAGUGUUGUGUUUUGCCUGCUGCAGCUCACUGAGAGGGAUCGGUGACAUUCGCUCUCCGUGACCUUUUUUCUUGGCAGGAUGUGACUGACUUUGUUGCUGUUUCCCCAUACGCCAUGUUUUUCAGGACUACAUUGAGUAGUGCUUGAGGAGCCCACAUCCACAGAACAGACUCUUCUGUGAAAUUUCAGGAUCCUUUAAAAAAAAAACAAAAAAAAAACAAGCCAGAAAAUUGGCUUUGAAGUUAUGGGACUUUGUUUGUGUGUUAGUUUGUUUGGCAGCUUGCGGUAAAAAAAGGCUGUUCCAUCAUCACCUAGAGUCUACCUUGUGUGAGGUAGAGGAGUCCUCUAUCAGGGAAUGGGCUGAAAGAAGCCCGUACGACAGAACCGAACAGAUUCUGUAACCACGGAUACGCCACACGCCAUGAACUGUGGGAGCUAGACCCCGAGCUGAAGAACCGACAGAGCGUUGCUAGCCACCGAGGCUGCGGCGUGUGUGUGUGUGUGUGUGUGUGUGUGUGUGUGUGUGUGUGUGUGCACCCACGCACUUGCAUGUGUGUUUCCUGAGUGUCUGACUAUAAAAUGCUGCAGCUUUCAGCUGGAUGGAAUUGACACUUGGUCUUUAGGUAAAUGAACCUCAGCCAAAUAUUUAUUUUGAUCUCAUUUUUGUUUUCUCUCUCUCUUUUUCUCCUUCUCUUUUGAAUGUUGUUUUGCGUUUUUUAAAAUGAUCUUUAUUGACUUUUGUUCUGUGAUCGGCACCCUAUCCUGUUUGGUGUGUGUGUGUAUGCUCCCUUGUGUGUUUGGGGGGAGUGAUUUUUUUUAUUUGCUUGUACUUACCAAGAAAACAUGGCAUUUUUGGUUUCCACCAUUUUAUAGAGAUAAUGUGUCAUUUAGUGAAAAUGUAGCCCUGGUUGAACAGAAAGUGUGGACAAUGACAUUGAAACAAAAACACAUACAAGCACACACACAUAUACGUAUACAGUACAUACUCAUACACACAUCACUAGAGGCAGGGUGCGCUUUUUAAUUGUUCUGAAAGAUGCAAAAGAUCCUGAAUGACGAUGUUAUCCUCACUCCCCACUGGUUUACGCUAGUAGCAGCCUGACACAAACGUUGAUAUACUAUUUGAUGGACAGUCUUUUUAAUUCAAGAGAAAGGAGUCUUUUUUUUAAAAUCAAAUAAGUAUUUGUGUUUUUUAAAGAAGCCAGAUAGAUGUAUAAAAGCACCUUGAGUCAUCGUAAGGCUCGCUGAUGGCCGAGGAAGAAACCCGAAAAGAAGAGCCCAUGUACAUAACAGCGUUUGAUUUCAGUAUUGCUUCUGAGUGUCCGCACACAGCAUACUGUAGAUGAGAUUCUCCAGGGGUGAGCAGCAGUGUCACCUCUCACUGGCAUCUGGUAGACACCAAGGCAACUGCACUUGCUUUCCUUCCUUCCUUCUCUAAUUUGUAUCUUUUGCAUGGGAUGGUAAAAACAAAUUGAUGCUGCAGAAGUGGCAAAAGGACAGGAAGCGUGCAUAGCCUGUAUGCACUUGUAAGUUGUUACCGAGUGACCGUUUCAACAGCAGAUCAGGACUCUAUCGCUUAUAUGUACAUAAAAUGUGACGUGGCAAGCAAGAGGGCUGGAGGGCAGAAAGGGACAAAGAGCCGGGGAUCUUUUUUUUUUUCUCUCUCUCCUUGUGUGUUGUGUGUUGGACUGUUUCGGGUGUUUUUUCUACAAUUUAUUGAUAUUGUUAUUAUUCUGAUAGAGCAGCGCACUUUAGAAUCUACCCCAACCAACACCACCCCAAGCCAGGUGGGUCUACCAUAAAAAUGGUAGGGCCAUUCACACUUCCCUCCUACCUCCUCCUCCUCCCCCUCCCAACCUGAGAGACCUCUUUCCAUGGCCCAUGCAAACUCUUAGCUCACCCCCUUAGUCCAGAACCACACACUCUCAAACACACUUGCCACUCCUUGUUUCGCAGUUCCUAUGACCUCUGCUCGCUUGGUGUUGCAGUAUGUUUCUUCAUAGAAAGACCUACACGGACCCUCAUGAUGAGCUCCAUGCUUCAUUGGGUUAUACCAGCUGGGCAGUAGCCCUGCUAAGGCACCUGACUUUAGAGGUCCACAUCCUGUUUUAGGUGAUUGAGUGCUUUUUUAUUAACUGAUUGAGAUUGUUUUUUUUUUCUUCUUUCUACUGCUAAAAACAUCCUUCAGCCUAGUCCAUUUUUUGUACCCAUGCCGUUGACUUCAGGGAAGGAGAAUCCAUCUUCACGCAUUCAAGCCUGUAUUGCACUUGUCAUCUUGUUAGCAGAGGAUUGCAGUUUUGGAAAAAAAGUGGAAAAAAGAAACAAAAAAACAUAACAAGUCACCUUUGUAAAUUUGAACCUUGUACUUAUCUAGAUUAGACUUACUUGACACGUGUUGCAAGUGUGCAAUUCUGAACAGAAAAAAAUCUAUAUAUUAUGUCUAAUGAUUAUUUAAAAGAUGUACACAAAUUGUUUUAUGGUGCAUUUGUAUAUUCUCUGAGUGAACUUAUGGAUGAAGGAUAUUUAAAGAUGGUGGUGACCAUGGCUUAGACACCUUGGGGUUGUUCAUUGGGCUUCAAUAGCCAGACAGGUUGAAAUGUCCCACUGUAUCGCUAAUGGCCAUAAUCAUGUACCUGAGAGACCUCUAGAGGGGUCUACAGGUCUGAGAGAUGCAGAGAAAGGUCAUUUUCGGACAGCUUCAUACGGGCUGUAUUGAACCCCAGGGGAUCGCUUUGGAAGUGGGGUCUCGUGGGUCGAGACCUAGUAACGGAGCUGCCUCGCGUUUUGGCAACCAGUUUCUCUGUUGUGUAUGGUUUUAUGUUUUCUCUCUCUCGCUCUCGUUCAAAUAUCCUUUUGGCUAGAAAUGGACUUGUCUUUCUGUGCACUCUCUUCAGAUCUGUUUGUGACCUGUGCUCUUCCAGAGAGUUGUGGAUUAUUUUUGUUUGUUUGUUUGUUUUGUUGGCUUGUUUUCUUGCUUCUUCAACAUCCAUGCAUAUCCAUCCAUUCAUGAACGCUGAACGAGAUGCCGAGCCUUGUUCUUUUCUGCACCUGCCAGGACCCCCUGGUGAUCUCCCAUGCUCGUGGCAUGGCCCUCUCACUGCUCGCCAACACCGCCUCCGCCACCUGCACCAUCGCCAAACAUCUCGCCCCCUUUUUCUCUCGUUAGAGCACUAGGACGUUUCUCAGUAAACCCUCCAAAGACCUCUGUGUCCAAUCCCAUUUGACCACCUGAGCCAGCUCGGAGCAAAGCCUUAAAAUCUCGACGCAUGCUGUACGGGAGGGCCACCGCGUCUUAGAGAUCCUCCCCAUUUCCCACCAUUUUUAUUGGAGAGGGUGGCUUUCGAGAAUUAUAUACAUAUAUAGACAGAGAGAGAGAGAGGGUGCCAGCUAUAGGUUAUGAAGAAUAACCUUGUGCCACAUCUACCAGUGGUUCCCAGGUAAAGUCUGGCAGUGAGAGGAAGACACUAGGGAGCCCUGCAGGAGUGUGGCCAUUGCUCUCUUCAUCCAAGAGGGCCCCAACAGUGUGUGUCUGAUUGUCUGAUUCCCAUGUGCAUAGAAACAAGUGAUCUGGAAGGUGUGUGAGUGUGGGGGGCAGGACUCGGCCACGGACAACGGGGUAGGGAGAGUCCUCAUAGCGAUCACUCUGGUAUGUUUGGAGCACCCUUUGACUAAAAGACUGUUGUAUCCUGAGCUUUGAACAAAAAAAGAGAGGGGGUUGGUUCCUGGAUGGGUUUCCUGCUUAAAGGCCACAAGCCAUGAAGCCAUGAAAAAAAGAUGUCCCGUUUUCUACAAGUGAAACAGAUUUGUGGAUCUGUAGGCUUAGCGAAGCCUUGAUGUACCUGGUUGCUUGUUCUGGCAUAUGUAAUGAUGUAUAGGUCUGACAUGGAUCUCAGAAUUACAGUAGGAGUCAUUGUAAUCAAAACGAAAGACAAUCGUCAAGUAAAUAGUUAACUUGCGCCCCCCCCACUCCCCAUAUUCCCCAUGUAUGAUGAUGUUUAGAGAAUCUCACUCAUUUUCUAGUGUUAAUUUGUGCUGGUGACAGUUCUAUUGUCUGUUUUUAUUAUAAUUGUUGUUAUGAUAAUUAUCAUUACCAUUAUUGUUAUCGUCACAGAUGGUAAUAAUAAUGCUAAUUUUAGAGAGGCAAUUUUUAUUUUCUGCGGUUUUGUGUAGGUUAGGCAUCCUAUUUUAUUUGAAUUUGAAUUUGAUUUUAUUUUAUUAUAUAUAAAUAUUAUAUAAAUAUAUUUUGUUUUAAUUUGUUUUGUUUUUUCUUUUUUCUUCAAAGGGGUGUUACUAAUAUUGCACGAUUUAUUAAAGAAAACAAAAAACUAUUGUAGUAAUAUUAGUACUUAUUGGUAAUUGAGGGAAGUGGUCAAACCGAAGUUGAAUAUAAUGACCAGUUCAAUGCUGCAAUUUCUAGUCAAAUGUAAAAUAAAAACACAUAGGUAAGUUGGUACAAAGACACAUUUAAUUUAUUUCAGACCAGACACAAAGAUGUCGAUGCAUGGGCGUUAAACAAGCAAAGAAUGAUUCAUGUUAUACAAAAUAAACUGAAAAUGUAAUAUCAAUAAGAAUAUACACCACACAAACCUAGGAUAGAAAUUGAAGAAAAAAGUUGAAAAGAAAAUUAUAGCUAAUAUAUUGUGUUAGGCUAGUCUGCUUUUGAGUUUUGUUGUAUAAAAAAAUCUGUUGUUUUCGGAGAAUGAUAUACAAUUUGUGUAUAUUUUCAUAAACAAAGUAUGCACUGAUAUGUUAUUACAAAUUCUAUACUGCUUUUACAAAAAGAGUGUUUGUUAUUGUACCAAAGUAUCCAUUUGUCCUUUAUUCCCUUCCCCUUUUGCGUAUGUUCUACCGUAUUUUAUAUAUUAAAUAGUCAAGUUGACCUACAAAGAUG